AAUGAUAACGGGAAAUAUAUAGAAUCAAAAUCCAACAAAAUUACCAAUACUAGCUUUAACCAUGCUUUUGAAAACAUUAUUCAUUUUGUGUCUCGUAUCACUCGUAAAAUCAUCAACCGAUGAUAGUAAUAAUUCCUUGGUUCUAGUACAUACACUAUUUAGACAUGGAAACCGAACAAUUGAGGAUAACAUCUAUGAUACAAACCCUUAUGGGGAUGAGUCUUUUUACGCCCCUUAUGGAUACAAUCAGCUAACAAAGGAAGGAAAACGUACUGAAUUUAAAAUUGGAAAAGCACUUAGAGAACGCUAUGAUAAUCUGCUAGGAUCAGAGUAUAAUAUUAACUUAAUAGAUGCAAGAAGUACUGUUGCAAAUAGAACAAAAAUGUCUUUGUUGUUAGUACUAGCCAGCUUAUAUCCUCCUUCUGGUGAAUUGAUUUGGAACGAUCAGCUUAACUGGCAACCUAUUCCAUAUAAUACGUUUGAUGUUGAUAAGGAAAUCUAUGGAAGAAAAGUUUGCAUAAAUUACAAAAAAGCUUACAAGAAAUUAGUGAAGACAGAUGAGAUUUUGUCUACCCUAAAGCCUUAUCAAGAAAUGUUUGAUUACCUUACUGAAAAAACUGGUAAGAAAAUUCAAAAGGCUAAGAAGGCUGCUGACCUUUAUUUAGAAUUAAUUACACAGGCAGCCUAUGGUUAUCCUCUGGAAGACUGGACCAGCAAAUACAUGGACCAAAUGUAUAACAUUACAAUAUACAACUAUCAUUUAUUGGCUUACACAAAAAAAUUAAAACGUCUUUCCGCUGGUUAUCUUUUAAAGAAAAUCAUAGCAGACUCAGAGACUAUUAUAACUAACCCAAAAUCACCCUCAAAAAUGUAUUUGUAUUCAGCACACGAGAAAAACAUUGCCAACUUAUUAGUGACUUUAAACCUGUUCGACGAUAUGAUUCCAACGUUCGGAAGUUAUGUACUAAUCGAAUUACACCUGAUUGAUAACGUUUAUGGAUUUAAGUUCUUUUAUCAAAACUACAGGAAAGAAGAGCCAGUGCUACUUACAAUUCCUGGAUGCGACGAAUUCUGCCCCAUUGCUACUUUUAAGGAACUCGUUUCGGACUAUUUGCCUGCUGAUAGUUAUUGUGAAGUUGGUAGUGACGAUGAUGAUGAUUAGAAUAAUAAAUUCUUUUAAAAAAUAAAUGAA